UGCAACUCUUCUUGCAGACUGAGACAGAUUUAUGAGGAAUGAUCGACUUGGUCCAGGAUCCGAGACGGGAGUUCACGACUUUCACACUCUCGAGCCAUUCCGUUUCCGCGUGGAAUAUGAAGACGACUGCAAUGACAAUGCCUUGAUCGACUCUGACGAAUCCAUGGGACAUGCUUUUCAUUUUUACUUGGAUGGAGUGAUUUAACUCACCCGAGUCGAAUUCCAAGGAUAACUUCAUUAAGGAUUACUUUUAAGUCGGACAUAUUUUGAGUUUUACAACAGAAAUAACUUUCUGCGUCUGUGGAAAAGGCUGGGGGAAAUUAUUUAUAAAGAAAAACAACAGUUUUUAUAGCAAACCAUAAGUUGCAAGAAAAGAUGUUUUAUAAGGGUCGAGAAGGCUAUUCAAGUACCGUGAAUUGUAAAGAGUCUGUCGAAAUGAUUAGUUUGACACGGAAAAGGCACACAGCUGCAGCCUAACAUUAAAGCGCAGAAAUUCGGCGAAAAUAGAUUUCUCUUCCCAAGUUCCGAGACAGACCGCAAACACGCUAAACAUCACUUGGGACUCUUAAGCUUGAACUUUGCUCAGCAAUUCAGGCACACUAUACAAUGACAUUUUUAUUUAACAGCGAUGUGAAAUAGUGAAAUACUAAAAAUCCAAACUUGAGUUUUCAGUUUAGGUUUAUUUUCUGAGGGGAAAUAGACACUACAAUGGGCUAAAACUUAAAAUAGAGACUUUUUUUUAAAGGAGAAUAUCUUCUUGAGACUCCAAAACAUCUGUAGAAGUCUGUCAGAAACUUUCACUUGUGGAUCUCCGCUGCGACCUGAAUGUUUUCACCACAAAACUUGUGACAAAAUUAUAGUGGAGUUUAGGAAGUGGGCUCCUCUGAAUCAUUUUACAGGUAGGCCUCCAGACAGACGGUGGCUCAACCUACGCAAUUCUUACUUGACGUUUCCCAAUCCUGAAAGGAGCCUCGGUGGAGCGAACCAUAUCAGGAACACACGGAUACCGUUGUUUGGAUGCACUUGAGGAUUACCUUACCAUUGCGAAUUCAUGCCACCAUGUUGUUUAUCGGCUACGCAUUGCUGGUGCUAAAGCUGACCGUCUCGGCUGAGGGAUUUUCGACUUGUCAUCAAUAUGACUUGGACGAUCACAAAUCAAAACGCUUGGAAGCGGUACGAGGACAGAUCUUGAGCAAACUCAAAAUCCGUUCCCCACCUGAAUCAACAGAGUCAGCCACAGCGGCUGUCCCGCCAGAGGUAAUGUUACUGUACAAUAGCACACGAGAACUGCUGAAAGAACGCGCGCGCUACGCGGAUGCAUGCGACCGCGAAAGCAGCGAGGAGGAUUAUUAUGCCAAAGAGGUACAGCGCGUGGAUAUGCUGCCACCCGAAUCCAACACAAUCAACCCUACGCCUCCCAGCCCCUUUUUCAGAGUGGUGGGCUUUGAUGUGGCCAACGUGGAGCGGAACUCCAGCAUGCUGGUCAAAGCGGAGUUCAGGAUCUACCGGGUUCCCAACCCCCACGCGCGCGCCACCGAACAGAGGGUGGAGGUGUAUCAGAUACUAAAGGAGGAUCCUCAGACAGGCUCCACACAGAGAUACAUCGACUCCCGGACACUGCAUCCUCAGGAGAAGGGGUCCUGGAUGUCCGUCGACGUCACGGAAACGGUCAAGGAGUGGAUGGCCUUCAGAGAAAGGAAUCUUGGGUUGAAGCUCAGUGUCCACUGUUCCUGCUGUACGUUUGUCCCGUCCACAAACAACAUUGUGCCCAACAAGAGUGAAGUACUAGAGGCACGUUUUGCAGGCAUCGAUGAGGAGUACAGGAGACCCGAGCCCACGAAAGGUCAGAUUGAGUUCAGCACCAAGACCCCCCACCUCAUCCUCACCCUGCUCCCCACGGACAGGAUGGAGAACCCGGGGAAGAAAAACCGCAAGAGGCGGGCUGCUCCAGACAGCACCACAUGCUCUCGGAAUGCGGCCGAUCAGGGUUGCUGCCUGAGGUCGCUGUACAUUGACUUUCGUCGGGACCUUAAUUGGAAAUGGAUACACGAGCCCAAGGGAUACAAAGCCAACUUCUGUGCAGGAAACUGCCCCUACCUUUGGAGUGCAGACAAUCACUAUAACAUGAUCCUGCCGCUGUACAACAAACUGAACCCAGAAGCGUCUGCGUCCCCGUGCUGCGUACCCCAAGACUUGGAACCCCUCACCAUCGUCUACUUCCUGGGACGCACGCCCCGCGUCGAACAGCUCUCCAACAUGGUGGUCAAAUCCUGCAAGUGCCGCUAAAGCUCAAUACUAUAUCACGGGUCCUUGUAGAACAAAACAAGUACUCCGCGCUUAUGGAAUGGCAAGGACCAGUGCAGGACCAGACAUGAAUAAAAAGGAAGAAAAUCUGGUGCCACACAGAUAUCUUUUCUAGUUAUUUCUUAUUCAUUUUCAACAUGAAGACGCUUGUCGAAAUGUUAGUCUUAUGCACUGAGAAUAAAUAAGAAAUAACUAUAAUAGACAUCGGUGUGGCAGCAGAUUUUCUUGCCUUUUAUAUAUUAUGGGUCCCUUUCAAUUUGUAUCCUCCCAUCCUCUCCUUGUGCUUGUGUUGUCAUGCGAGACAAGACGUCAUUGACGAUAGAAGUUUUAUUCAAUAUCUUGCAAAAGCAUAACUCAAAUGGUUAGAAAUUUAAAGAGACCCUACGUACAUGAUAGCCUGGGCCCACCCAUAUUUUCAUGCUGUUUUCAUGUGGACCUGGACUCUAUUUCUCGAAAGCAUUGUUGCUAAUCACUGAUCAACUUAGCAUGUUGCCAACAAAGUUGUAUAAUGUAGAAGUAGAAGUACUGUUAAGGAUGUUAUCAUGACACCAGGAGUAUGAUUUUCCAUGGUUCAACUAUGUAAUAAUAUCGUAUUACUGGUGGUGUAAUUACCGUACAUCCGUAGCAGUACUUCUGGCUUCUACUUUAUACAACUCUUGUUGCCAAUGGGAAAUAGCAUUGCAACCAAGUUUCUAACUUAUUUGGCAACAGUGCUGUUGCGAUACGCUCCUCAGAAUGGUGCCCUUCCCGCACCAGUUACGCUUGGAGCCAAAGUGCUUACCUGCCAACCACCUGUAUUCAUACUGGGUUGUGCACUCAACCAUCAGUGAUCAUGUGUCACCCGGAUGAGCCUACUGAUGUUGGCGUUGUCGACAGUUCGCAGAGAAAAAAAACAUGUACUUUUCUGUUCGCAACGUUCUGUUUCCCAAAUGCUCAAAUUUUUGGUGUGAAGAUCUGUCAAUCUGUUCAAGAUUAGGUAGCAGAAGGGGCACCGGCAAGUUUCUCUCUGUUGGCCUGAACAAAGCUAGCAGUGACACUGUACUGUAUUUUGCAAUUACAAAAAUUCCCCUCAGAAUUGGUGAUCCAGCAUGAAAAUUUGCUCAAUUUAAGCGGGUCUAAUGUCACAAACACACCAAAAGCAAGUAGAGCGACAACAGUGACAGAAGUAAUUGACUUUGUGCGGAGGAGCUGGCGACAGAAGAGACGAAAGCAAUUUGAGUGACUCGAGCGACAGUUUGUAGUUGAACUGAAGUUAUAUUAUGCUAAUAUAGCGAAUAUUAUGCUAAUGAGUUAUGAUGCGAUUCGGCGAUAGCCGCCACAGCCAAUUGGAAUGCCUGAAUGCUUGUAUUCUGCUUUUAACGACCAUGCUCUGUCACUUUUAUUGGUCGUGACGCUCUUGCUAUGAAAACCCUCCAGCGACUCUUUGUAGCAUUUGUCGCUUCUAGUGUGUUCUCAUAGUAAGCCAAGACACACUAGUUCUGGCAUUUGGCCUGAUGGGUUGCUAAUUCAGACAAAAGAAUGGUCUGAUUGAUAGUUCCUUCGACUAGUUGCAUGCAGAGUCAUUUGAAGACGCAGAAUCAGCCUGCCCAGGAUAUAGCAUGUUUUUUUUAAGUAGUCACGAUAGUCAAGCUAAUAUAUGUUCAUAUUAUGCUUAUGACGUUAAACAUGCCUAGCACAGAUGGGAUGGAAAUCGGAGAUUAUACACAAUGGACAGGCAGAGGGUAUAUUCUAAUCCCCCAUAAUUUUUGUUUAUUUGUAUUUGUUUAUUUUUUCUUGUUUGGUUUUGUUUUGUAUUUUUCUUUGUUUGUUUGGUUUUUGUUUUGUUUUGUUUUUGGUCUUUUUCUAUUAGGGAUAAUUUUGUUGAGUUCGAUUGGGGGGUGGGUGCUUUUUUGUUUGUUUGUUUGUUUGUUUGUUUGUUUGUUUGUUUUAUUAUUGGGUGGAGACUAAAGGACUAUGGGGCUAGUUGAUCCUGAGGGAUCUGAGAUGUUAGCUUGAGGCUAACGUUAAUGUCUAGCAUAGCAGGACACUACAAUUCUGCACAAUUCUGCACAGAUGCACCAACAAUGUCCUUUUUAAGUCAAAUGGUGUAAAUUAGUGAGGAAUAGAAAGUAAUAUCUAAAGGUCUAUGUUUGUAUGUGUUGUGCUUAAUAUUGGGAAAUGAUGCUGUGUGUGUGUGUGUGUGUGUGUGUGAGAGAGAGAGAGAGAGAGAGAGAGAGAGAGAGAGAGAGAGAGACAGAGAAAGAGAGAGUGAGUGAGUGUGCAGGGUGCGAGUGUGUAUUUAUUGAUGCCGUUUUUGUUUUUCAAAACCAUGAUUGUACUUUGGCUUUGGGAUAUUUCAUAUCAGUGUACUUAUGCAAUCCGUCUCGCAUAGCUAAUACACAGGUCUAGACUGCAAUGUGUACAUUAAAGACUAUUAGCCAUAUUUCAUAUUUCAGUUACACUUUAUUUUAAUGUUCACGUAUUAGACACUAAUACAUGCCUAACUGUCUGUAGAAGUGACUUGUAAAAUCAAUCAUUUGAUUAGACAUGUAUUCAUUUAUUCAGACAUGUCUUGUUCAAUUUAAAAACACGAUCCGGAUUCUGGAAUUUUUAAAAAGAUUCUUCACACCAUUGCAGCAUAGGGUGAAUUUUGAGUUGACAUUCCAGUUUUUAAUUCGACAAAAACAAGGCAGAAUGACUUGAAAAAAAAUAGAGUGUAGUCAAACCAAACAGCUUCCUUGGCGGAGGUCACAGAGGUCUGUGUGGAGGUCUGCAUUCUCUGAGUGCAUUUAUAGUCAUUGAUGUAAUCAGUAAUUGUAAUAAGGGCCUGAUAGGCCUUUAACCAUAGAGAGUACACAUUUAACCCAGGUCUUAUAUGGCCUAUACAGACAGUAGAUAGGCAUGUACUGUAUUAGUGAAAAUACCCUCAGUGACUAACAUGUGGACCCUUUUCUAAAGUGUUACUCAUAUUUGUAUUUCAUUCACUCUCUGCAUCCAUAACUCAUCUUACCAGGCACAGUCCCACUUUAUGAGGGGUUGUUUAUCUCAUUGUGGGAUAUACUUGUAUAGAAAGGUCUAUAUCUAGGAAGAGAAGAGGUUAUAGAUGAAUAUUUUUAGACCUCUUCGACGUGUAAAUAUUUUCUCUUGCAUUAAAUGUAAUUUUUAAAUCACCUGUAUA